AGAGUAUAAAUGGGAAAAGGUGCAUGUAACUGAAACGUAAAACCGCCCCUUUUUUUCGGCUAUUAUUAAUAUUAGAUUGAGCCUCCCACAAUAAGUUGUUCAUUGCUGGAAGAUAUAUCCAGUAGGUAACAGAACAAUUGGGUGGGUUGUACGAUGCCAUCAACAUGAUGGAGUUGUAUUUUAAAUUAGUGAUUUUUUUGCACAUUUUUGCUACAGUGAAGUCCACGGAUGAAGAUGUUGAUCGGCCUCAACUUUACGUUGCUGAUAAUAACCUGCACUUAAUGAUGCCCCAAAAAGGAUAUAUAAAUGUAAACGCACAAAAAAUCAUGUUGAAUAGCUUGGAUAUAAUUUCAACAUUGAGAGACGUGCAAAAUGUGACGAACCUAAUGAAAGCUUAUGAAAUUUUGGUAUGGGACUUCAACUCAAAAAUAAACCGCAUUGAAACUAAAAUAUUGACCAUGGGUUUGGGUUCCGCACCAGCUUCAAACAACACACUUAUCUUAUCGCUUAACGCAAGAAUUCAACAAUUUGCUAGAAGAAUUGCAGUAGUUGAAAGAAACACGAAAGCCUUGACUAAACUAUUGGCUGUAAAUGAAUGCGCCUCUAAUCCAUGCCAGAAUGGGGGGACUUGCAUAGAUAUUUUCCUUGGGUUUGUCUGCCAAUGUCCAACGGGUUGGGAGGGAAAUACUUGCUCAAUAGAUGUAAACGAGUGCACGAGGUUUGUAGGCACUGAUUUAGGAUGCCAGAAUGGGGGUACUUGCAUAAAUUUACCAGGGACCUACCAGUGCCAAUGUACACACGGCUGGAUAGGAGUGCACUGCAAUAGAAAAUCUGUCGAUUGCGUAUCUGGAAGCGCAGAUAUAUGCGGUCACGGUAUUUGUGUUCCACAAAACGGUGAAAUUGGAUAUAAAUGCAUCUGCGAUUCCGGAUGGACCAGCUCUGGAUCAAAUCCGGCUUGCACGGUAGAUGUAGAUGAGUGCAAGCAAAAUCAUCCACCCUGUUCCACUAGUCCAUUAGUUCAAUGCAUUAAUCUACCUGGGUCUUUUAUGUGUCAACAUUGCCCUCCAGGAUAUACGGGGAAUGGAUACUACUGUGCCGACCUAAAUGAAUGCGAAUUAUUCAAUGGAGGCUGCAGCCUCAAUCCAUAUGUAGAAUGUAUAAAUACUCUUGGUUCGAAGAACUGCGGGCCAUGCCCUGCAGGCUAUAGAGGAGACGGCAAAACAUGCACAUUUAGCGGCAUUUGCAAUAUCAACAACGGCGGAUGUAACAUUCUAGCCACAUGCGUGCACAUUCCCACCAUAUCCGAGACGUUUGUUCAAUGCACUUGCCCUGCAGGAUAUUCCGGGUCUGGAAUAGGUCCAGCGGGUUGUGCUAAGACCACAAUGUCGAUUCCCAGUUGCAACCCCAAUCCAUGCGUGCAUGGCAUAUGUUUAAUAAGCAACGUUACGCAGGCAGUCACAUGUAAUUGUAAUGAGGGAUUUACUGGGGCUCUAUGCGAUCAACCGAACAAUCCAUGUGCAAGAAACCCUUGCUGGAAUGGGGGCACUUGCAACCCAAGGAACAAUUACCGGUUUACUUGCUCAUGCUUGCCCGGCUUGGUUGGAAGACUCUGUCAGAGGGAAAGACAAGUUUGCGGGGAAACUUUCAACUCAACGACUGGAACCCUCACUUAUCCGCCAAAGGAUUUCGAAUCAAUUCGGACAUUAAACAACUUUAAGUGCGGUUGGACCAUAGAAACAGUCCUGACCGAUGUUGUUACUGUAGAAUUUUCAAAAUUCAAUCUGGCUGACGCCCCUUGCACUAGGCAGUGGCUGAAGGUUCACGAUGGUAGAAAUGGUUUGGCCCCUGUUUUGGGAACGGUUUGUGGCAAAACGCUCCCAUUUAAUGGUUCCAUAACCAGUACCCAAAAUGCCAUCUAUUUUUCCCUGGGAAACACCGGGCAAAUGAACAAAAGGCCUGAAUUUGAAUUGUCGUGGACGACAAAACACGCUGAAUGUGAUUACAUUCUUUCUUCGGCUGGGUCUGGAGUGAUAGUAUCACCUGGGUGGCCCAAUAACUACCCGAAUAAUCGGAAUUGUUACUGGUAUUUCCGGGUGGAGGAGAGCAAAAGACUACUAUUCCAUGUUUAUUCGUUGGACAUUGGCACAAAUGUUGACUGUACAGGAGACCGUUUGGAGUUUUCCAGCUACACGACCCCAUCAGAGGAUUCAUAUGGCACCUCUCUAUCAGAGGAUGGCACCCACAUCUUUGCAAAGUUGUGCAAUUCAACUAUCCCUCCACCAUUUCGCUCCUACAGCUAUGACGGGCAGAUAUAUUUUAAAUCAGACGCAAAGGAGCCCCACGGGGGUUUUCAGAUCGGAUAUAACUUGGUAGACGCUAUUCCUGGAUGUGGAGGGACCUACACUUUAAGAGAGGGCUACAUACAGUCGAUAGACCUCCCGAAGAAUAUUGAAUCAAUAUUAUGCACAUAUGAAAUACAAGUUCCUGUUGAUGGCUACCUAGAACUGCACUUCCUGGACUUUGUUAUUGAAGGAACUUGCAAAAAAACCUAUACUGCCAUAUACCGAGAAACUGCGCUGGUCUCUAAACAAUGUGGUAGAGCAUCACCCAGUGAAACAAUUAGGAUCGAUAUCGCAAACGGGACUAAAGUAUUUUUAAAAUCGCAGUUUACCCAAGGCUAUGCGAGCCGCUGGCGAGUUAAAUAUUCAACAGUCUGCGAAAAAGUUUUCACGGAUCCUCUUAAGACCAUUAAAGCAGACCCGAACAGCAAUUGCAAUUUCUUAAUUCAGCAGCCGUUAGGCAACAUUAUUUUCCUGGACUUGACCCUAGGGUCAAUGGCAAGCGGCGCACGGGUUCAGGUAUAUGACGGAAAUAGUGCGCUAUCAGCACUAUAUAAUGAAUAUACCAAACCGAAUGAAAAAGUCAUUAUAGAAUCAAAUACCAAUUAUCUUUAUAUUGUUAGUACUCAGGGCAACUGGACAGGAUCGUAUACCGUGCUGGAUAUUGGUUGUGGAGGGCUGCACAAAGACGAUUUGGGCACAAUAGCGUAUCCACCGCGCGCUCAAGACAAAUACUUGAACGAUCAGAAAUGCCGGUGGAUAAUUCAAGCUCCACCUGGAAAUGUUGUUCAAUUGACCUGGCUGACUUUCAACGUUGAGCAGAGCAUCGGGUGCUCGUAUGAUAGUGUUAAAAUCUUCGACAACAACACCGAUCCAGGCCGUGGAGGACUAUUAGGAACAUUUUGCGGAUACCAUUUACCGCCGAUUAUGUUGAGCACAUCAAACAUAAUGACCAUAUAUUUCAGUUCAGACCACACCAUAUCUGAUGCCGGCUUUAUUGCUUCCUACAUAUUCAUCAAAGAAAUAUCCGUUUGUGGCGGCAACUACUUUACUUCAGCGGGUGUCAUUAAAUCGCCGGGCUAUCCAGAGAGUUACCCAACUAACAAAGAGUGUAUUUGGACUAUCACAGUCCCACCAGGCAGUCAAAUCAUGUUGAAGUUCAAAUCUUUCGAUUUAGAAGCUUACUCGAGUUGCAGAUAUGAUUACUUGGAAGUAAGAAAUGGAGGUAGUUCGGCAGCCCCACUAAUAGGAAGGUAUUGCGGGGAAACAUUUCCAGAAGAAAUCCCGUCGCACACGAAUAAACUAUUUCUGAAAUUCGAGUCGGAUAUGAGCAAAACAUCAAGGGGUUUUGAGCUCGAGUGGACCUCGGCUUCUACUGGAUGUGGAGGCAAUCUAAACGGUCCUACUGGUUCAAUAAUAUCACCUCAUUAUCCGGAACCUUAUACGAAAAGCACGGAUUGCCUUUGGCAAAUAAAUGUGAAUAUCGGCUCAAUAAUUCGAAUGGUGUUCGUUGACUUGGAUUUAGAGGAGCAUACAAAAUGCUCAAUGGAUUAUGUUGAGUUAUUCGAUGGUGAUAAGCUGACUUCAAAAUCAUUAGGAAAGUUCUGCUCACGGUACAACGAGCCAAUAACAGCCACAACAAAUGUUGUGCUCGUUCGAUUUAGAUCAGAUGUCAGCUUCCAAGGACGUGGAUUUAAUUUGCAAUAUUCCGCAAUCUGCACAAACACAUUAACAGGUUUUGGAGGUGUUAUUGAAAGUCCUAAUUUCCCCAACGCCUAUCCUCAAGACCAGAAUUGCAAUUGGGAUAUCGUUGUAUACGAAGGAAACAAAAUCAACAUAAGUUUUUCAGAUUUUAGCUUGGAAAUACCGCCUGCAUUCGAUAACAAUACAUGCAGCUUUGAUUAUGUGGAGAUUAGUUAUCUCAUAACAAAUCCUUACGAAAUUGAAUCACCUGACCCAGAGUUUCGAAAAGUCGAUCGAUUUUGUGGUAAUAAGAAACCCGAUCUUAUAACUGUGGAGUCGAGUCAUGCAAGAAUUCAUUUCGUUAGUGACAACCUUUUACCAGCAACUGGAUUUCGAUUGGAGUGGAAGUUAUUCGGAUGUGGCGGAAUUCUUACGGAUCCAUCAGGCAGUAUAUUUUCACCAAAUUACCCAAAUCGGUAUGGAUCAAGUGUUGAAUGCAACUGGCAAAUAAGUGUACCUCUCGGUAAGAGUAUUGAAAUCGAAUUUGUGGAUAUGGACAUCGAACGAGACUUUGGAUGUCCUAACGAUUAUAUUCAAAUAUUCAAUGGACCAGAUAGUACUUAUCCAGAGAUCACAAAAAUUUGUCAUCAGCUUGAAAAAACUAUAGUGCGCUCUUCGGGCAGUAACAUGUUCCUGCUAUUCAAAGCAGACUUCAAUUUUGAAGGACGAGGGUUCUUCGCGACUUACUCGUCGACCUCUACAACAUGUGGAGGAACAACAACCUCCUCUUCAGGCUACAUCUUUUCUCCGAAUUAUCCCAAAAACUAUGAGAAAAACGAAACUUGCGAAUGGAUGAUUUCAGUUGAUCCACAUCAUAUAAUCAGACUUCAAUUUCAAGACUUUGAUUUAGAUGCAAGAGCCGAUUGCAAAACUGAUCACGUCAAGGUAUAUGAUGGUCCAACGCAAGCAUAUCCCGUCUUAACCACCCUUUGUGGUAACUCGAAAGGAAAUCAAACAAUUCACUCCUCCUAUGAGCAUAUGCUAGUAGAGUUCAGAAGUGGCAAUCAUCUUACAAGCAAAGGCUUCAAGGCAUUUUAUGAACAAGCAUGUGGGGCGAUAAUUAAAACGUCUUCCAGUGGGAUAAUAAAACUUAGAAAAGAAAUUAUUUCGUACUCCUACGAAGAGGGAAGUGUAUGUAAUUAUACUAUAGAAGCUGAAGAUAAAUCAAAACACGUACGACUUACCGUCACGAAGUUUGUUAAAGGAAUAAGAUGGUGCGACGAUGAAUAUCCUGCAAUUAAAAUAUAUAACGGGUUUUAUAAUAGUUCGCCGAUAAUCGGAUCAUAUUGCAGAUCGACAAUACCCCCAAUUAUCAGCGAUGGAUCAGCACUGCAUAUAGAAAUACAAAUGCCAAUCGAUUUAUGGCUUAGUUACUCUGUAUUGGAAUCAGAUUGUGGGGGCGACCUAUAUUUGCCAGAAGGCUAUAUUGCAAGCCCUGGAUAUGCGAAAAGUUACCCAAAUAACUUAGAAUGCGUUUGGAAUAUAAAUAUGGGGCCAGGAAAUAUUGUAUCAAUGAAUAUUAUUACUUUGGAUAUGCCAGAAUCGGAUAAUUGCAACCAAGAUUACCUAGAGGUUCGAGAAGACAGCUCCGAAGGGAAACUGCUGGGGGUCUUUUGUGGUACAAAUAAACCCACUUCUCUUACAGCAGUUGGAAAAAUGGUGCUGCUAUUUAAAAGCAGUAACCUUUCACAGAGCAUAUUGCAGACGACGAAAGGAUUUUAUGCAGAGUUUAGUUCAAGAGAAGAUAAUGUUUUGUAUGGAUCCGAAGGAUUGAUCGGAAACCUAAAUUAUCCGGAUUUAUCCCCAUCGGAUAUGAAUACUCGCAGUUGGUUGAUCAACACUAAUACUUCUACAAUCAUUGAACUAACAUUUCAGGAGUUUGCUUUAGAAUCUACCGGCAAAGAAGGCGAAUGCUUCACAACUGCAAUGAAAUUAUAUGAUGGAAUGGAUGACGAAGCACCUCUUUUAUAUUCAGCAUGCGGUCUUGUGAAAGAUAAAACCGUUUUAUCAACGUCUAAUAUGAUGUACAUUGUUUUGUCGUUGUAUUCUGUUCGGACGGAUGCCUAUUUCUUAUUGAAAUGGCGGGAACUUCCUAAGAAAAGCGCCAAAACUAGUCACUCAAAUACUACUACUUCAGCUUGUACGUACGAGUAUACAUUAAAUGGACAGUCAAAUGUAACGCUCAGUUCACCGGGCUAUCCAAAUGGAUAUGCACACGAUUCCAACUGUGAAUGGAUUUAUAAAAUUGAGCCACAAUAUCAUUUGGAAUUAGAAUUUGUGGAUUUAAGCCUGGAAACUUGGGGCAAAUUUCGUCAAUGCGUGUUUUCCGACACAGUCAAAGUGUAUACGAAAUACGAGAAAAAUGGAGCAUGGGUGCCUCUGAUUCAGAUUUGCAACAAUUCUAAACCAGAUGACAGAUCUGUUGGAACUGAUUUACUGAAAGUCGAAUUUUCGACCAAUAAAUACUUUAAUGGCAGCGGAUUUCAGGCAGUCAUUUUUGGAAAGUGUGGAGGAAGCUUGACCGAACCAAAUGGAAAAAUAAUAUUCAACAAAGACCAUGCACACGACGUCGAGUGUCAAUGGAAUAUUACAGUGCGACCUGGACGAACUAUUAACAUAAGAUUUGUAGAAUUUGAUUUGAGUCAAUCUGACCCUGAUUCUAAAUGUCGCAACUAUUUAAUGGUGAGAAACGGCAAAUUUGCCGACAGUCCGUUCUUACAAAAUGGUAUAUUUUGUGGCCCAAAUCCGCCCUCCAGCCUGCAAUCAUCCAGUAACUAUUUGUAUUUGAAAUAUGUUGGAUCAGCGCAUGUUAAGGGAUUCGAAAUCGAUUAUUCUGAAGUAUCAUUUAGUUGCGGCGGUAGCAUUCGACUCGGAGCUGAAGACUCUUACACUAUUCAAUCCCCCAACUAUCCGAAUGUGCCGCAGCCUCAUACGGAAUGUAUAUGGAUUAUCAGAGGGCCUCCAGGCACAUCUCUGCAAGUUGAGUUUGAAGAACGAUUUGAUAUUUCGGAUGAACCCAGACAUGAUGGACUAUGUGGGACGGAUUAUGUCGAGCUGAGAGAUGGAGCAACGGAAAUAGCUGAUGUAAUAGGAACCUACUGUGAUGAUAGCCCUAGCACGCAGUUUACCUCCGGAAAUUUCCUUCGAGUUAAGUACUUCACAGAGUCUAACGAGCCGAGAAAUGGCUUCAAAGCAGAAGUUUCAAUUGCAAAAUGCGGUGGGACUUUGAAGAAAUUGGGAACGAUAGAUUCGAAAACUUCAAAGAUCAAGCUAGGAUCGCCUUGUCAGUGGUUGCUAGUGGUUUCACAGGGUUAUCACAUUAGUAUGACUCUUGAUAUACAUCGUCGCAGUGAUCGGCCAUCAGUGAUGAACUGCAAUGCAGAUAAUGUAUCAAAGAUUACAAUCAGUCAGCUUGGUAUGGAUUUUAUAAAUGGCUUUAACAAAUCUGACUCGGAAUUGGGCACUUUCUGCAGAAACAUUAAUAGCACCGUAAUUACUUCAAGUACCAACAAAGUCAUGGUGCGGUUUGAGCCUAAAGACGACUCGUAUUCAUUUACUCUUGAUUUCAAGUGGGAAAUGGAAGAAUGUGGCGGUCAUUUGGACCAGGAAACAGGCACGUUAAUGUCACCGGGUUAUCCAAACAUGAGCUUCAAGAAUCACUACUGCUGGUGGGGAAUCACGGUACCCAAAGGUCGAAGAAUUUCGUUGCUUAUAGAAGAUCUGGAUAUUGACGAAUUGACAUUUUUCCUGAUAUUUGAAGGCGCCCAAGAGGGCCCUAAACUUAUUAAACGGAAAGACAUCAAAGCAGGAGCCACUUACGAGACCAGUGAUAAUGGUGCUCAUAUUAUUUACUGGCAGACCAUUCCAAGCACUAGGCGAGGCGUGAAAAUAACGUACACUUCUGAAAAGCCUACAGUGUGUACAGGAAACUUCAACACAAUUUCUGGAGAACUACAUGCCCCAGAAGGGCUAAACACUUUCCUCUGUGAAUAUCAACACAUUAGUAAUCAGUCACAAACUUUGGGUAUGGAACUGCAAUUGACAAUUGCUAGCCAAAAUAGUGCUAUGAAAAAACUAGUAUGUCCUCGAUCCACUGGAAUUUCCAUCAGUGGUAUAAAUAUUCAGUCCUCAUUUUGUCAAAGCACAAACAAACGUUAUGCGAUCGCCAGAUCAGUUUCCCCUUUAACUACAAUAACGGCGCGACAGUACUUAAACACCACUCUAAAUUUCACGGUUUCAUUUAAAACGUAUCAGUGUGGAGGGAAAUUAAAUGAAGCAGUUCUAGGACAGCGGGGGACGAUUUCUAGUCCAAACUUCCCCAAUUCCUCAAUAGAUUCUGUCGAAUGUGCUUGGUUGGUUUCGCUCAGUUCAUCACAAAUUAAAAUCAAUUUUACGACGUUCGAGUUACAAGAUGAUUGUGAUAAAAACUAUGUAGAUAUUUAUAACGGCGAAUCCUCAGCCGAUCCUCAUAUUGGGAGAUAUUGUAAUAACAAUAAACCUCCGCUUAUAGUUAGCCAGAGGGAAAAUCUGCUCAUAGAAUACAAGUACCAUAAAACUACUAAUGACUCUUCAAAAGGAUUCAGCCUGGACUAUGAGCCACAACAGAAAGGAUGUGGCGGCAUUUACCAAACGAAUCAAGCUACAAUUCAAUCACCCAAUUACAAACAAAAUUACGAUAACAAUGUAGAAUGUAUAUGGGACAUAGAAACGUCUGAAGGAACAAUGAUCAAUCUAGUUUUCUCUGGCAGGUUUCAUAUUGAAGAGAGCUCCAACUGUAGCAAAGAUUUUAUUGAAAUAUUUGACUGGAAAGGAGUCGAGUGGACAUCCUUGGGCAGAAAAUGUGGAAGAAAUAGACCCAACCAGAUUUUAUCCAGCAACAAUAAGAUGAAAAUCAUGUUUAGGAGCAAUGAAAAUGUUACGGCAACUGGUUUCGAAGCAGGUUGGUCAAUAAAAUGUGGCGGAAAAUUGCUGGCCGAGAAAGAAGAAAAGUUCCUUACAAGUCCACCUAAUAUCAAUUAUAACUGCACGUAUGAAAUAAUAUCGAGCAAGCGUAAUGGGUUGGUAGGGAUUAGGUUUGAGAAGUUUAGCUUGGGGGAUGCAACACACCAGAGCUGUUCAUAUCGCAAUUUGACCAUUAUGGGAUCUCCUCCGCGACUAUCCAUACUUCACAACAGACGACGACUGGUAUUCUGCGCAAAUAAUAUCCCUCCGACGCAAAUGUACUCAAACUCCGUUACACUUAGUUACUUAAGUUCAAUGGCUUACAACAUGAUAGGAGGAUUCAAAUUGGCCUAUCGAGAAGAAAGUUGUGGAGGAAAUAUAUCUGCACCCACAGCUUUAGAAUCUCACAUCGCUCAAAGAAGCACGCAAUUUGGUGUUAUCUGCGAAUGGUAUAUAACUGCUCCCUCCGACCAAGUGGUUGUACUAAGUAUACACAAAUUAAAUACCUCAAUGUUGACGAAUUGCCUAGGGCCAUCUGUAAAUAUAUUCGAUGGACAUGACCAGCGGAAUGAGAAACGAUUAGCUCGCCUUUGUGGAAACAUUGAAGAAGAGAAGCCUAUUCCAUCAAGCUCAAAUACCAUGUUGGUUAAAUUGACGUUAUCCUACUCGUACAUUUCGGAUUUCCAAGCGGAAGUAUACUUCACAUAUGGCCCUGCGGCUGGAUGUGGAGGAAAAAUCAAUUUAACAGAAACCACACAAUUGCAGAUGCCAACCAAUCUGCCACAUAUGGAUUGCCAUUGGACAAUUACAACUUCGAGAGAUUAUAAAGUUCAACUUGAAUUUACAGAUAUUCAGUUAUCAAAUGCUUGCCCUAAUCCCGUUAGGAAUUAUUCUUUUAUAUUUUGCGAGUGUUCCUAUGCAGAGGUUAGAGAUGGAGCGGGACCUUUUGCUGCUCAAAUGAUCAAGCUUUGCACCAGCACGAAUGGACGGAAUAUUAAACUGACAACUUCAUGGAAUACAGCUUACGUACGACUAUUCUCACUUACUUCGCAAAAAGAGCUGUUCAAGUUAACUCUGACGCCAGUAGAAUCAAAAUGUGGCCCAAGUGAUUUAAUAGCUGGCAAAGACUUCAAAGAGUUAACAUCUCCCGAUUAUCCCAACAGCUAUCCGGAAACGAUUCAAUGCACUUGGAUAAUAAGAAGUGCCGCUAUUCUUGGCAAGAUUCUGAUUCAUUUUGAGGACUUUGAUUUCGGCACCUCACCAUUCAGAACAAGUUGCGAUGGCGAUAGGCUUGAAAUAGGAGAAGGUAGGAAUCAAGAAAUUAUAAGUGAAGGAUUUGGACCCAAAGCCACACAUCGGAACAUCAAUAUUUAUAACAUUAGAGAUCAUGCAGUGACCUAUGCAUUUUGCGAUAAUUCCUUAAAACCUUUUGAUCACUACUCCAGCGGACAAGCUGUAAAAUUAAAGUUUUACAGUUUCCCCUAUUCCGGAAAGAAAGGGAAGGGUUUUAAAUUGAAAUAUGCCCUCUCAGGGUGCAACCGCACAAUCGAAUCAAAUGAUGGGCGAAUUCAGAACGAUGUAAAUAACAAAGGUGAUAGAGACUGUGCGACGAUAAUUAAAGCUGAUCCAAACACCACAAUAUCCAUCUACUUUAUGACGUUCUAUUUUAUAAACCCUGACAAAAACUGUACGAAGUUUGGUUUAGAGAUACGAGAAGGGAAUGAGACCGGGCCUCAGAUUUUUAAAGCCUGCGGAUAUCAACUACCAAACCCCUUGUUCUCAAACUCAAGUCAGCUGUAUAUUAGAAGUUACAACUUAAACACUCGCAAGUCAAAUGCCUACUAUUCUUAUAAUUUAAUGUACGUGGCAUCAGAAAAGAAGUAUGGAUGUGGAGGAAAAAUCUUCAAUAGCAUGGGAAUGUUCUCUAGCCCUAUGUAUCCCAACCCCUACAGAGAAGAUAUUGAAUGCACGUGGAAUAUAUUGGUGCCGUUGGAUUACAAAGUGGCAUUGAAGUUUAAAGAGUUUAACAUUGGUGGCGGAUGUGCGAAAAAUAAACUGGUGGUAGAAACAAAUGAGAAUGAUGUACCAACAGUUCACACUUUCUGUCCAGGGGAUGCUACACCGGCAAUUUUAUAUUCUAAGAAUAGUCUGACACUCACUUAUUAUUCUUCGGUAAAUAACGGAGGAAAUGGAUGGUUAGCAGUGUUUCAACCUACAAAAUACGAAAGCGAUAUGUUGCUUAGGAUAUAAAUCAGUCACCUAUAUAUAUGUAGGAAAAUAUAUGCAAAUUAGAAUGUUUUAACCAAUAAACGACACUAUUGAUUUGUGAAAA